GCACGGGGCGCGUUUGCAUGUAUUACAUUCCGUGCGCGUGUGGUGUCGGCACAGAACUCAAGUUUAGUCCGCGCCUCGGGAUUCUACACGGCUCCUGGUGUGGCGAGCCAGUGGUAGAGAAAUAAUACAUGGAGAAAUCGUUUCCGCGGAAAUAGAAAAAACCGUGAAAAAGGCGACAGGUCCGCGGAGUGUGUACGUUUCUUUUCGGUACCGUUCGCGGAUCCCUUCUACAUUUUUCUUCGCGAUGGUCUCGUUAUCGUCGUUUUUCACCGUGCCGAUCCACAACGGGGACCGUUCGUAGAUCGAGUGUCUCUACGCUCGUAAGUACGGGAAAACAUAGUGGUCACACGGAAGUAUAUUCGUGAACGUUUGUGAAUUUCGGCGGGACUACAGGGAAGGAGAGGGGUCAGGAAAAUAAACACGCAGUGAUAGACGGACAGAGAGAAAGGAAUAAGAAGGAAAAGAGUAAGAAAAAGAAAACGGAAGAGAAUUACAUGAAAUGCUGUGUACUAUGUGGGACGUCGCGUCGAGGGACAUCGUAGCGUGGAGACAAAAUGGGGCCCGCUGAUCGGGCCCGGAAGAACUCAGGGGUCCGAUUAACAACGGAGGUAUGGAUGUCAUCGGGGACGGGGACGAGCAGACCCUCCAGGCGAUUCUCGGUCGGGGCGAUUUCGUCGGAGGGAUAGACAACGAGGCCCUGGACUUCUCACAACUGGAAGAUUUCAUUAACAGCGAUAGCGAACAGCCGGCGACAUAUUUCGCGGACACGCUCGCGCACAACGAAAAUGGCGGCGGCACGGCGACUCACAACGGUCGCGUCGAGGCGGCGGUUCCACAACAACCACCGUCUCGACUACCCUCGCCGAUUACGCAGAGCCAUCCGGUGUCGAACACGUGCACAUCCGGCACCACGACUGUGCCGAACGGCGCCACCUACAAGGAUCCACAAUCGUACGUUCAUCCACACGCGUUGCCCGAAAGUCCACCGGACAGUGGCAGCGAGCCCCCGUACUCGCCACCUGGUCACAACGACACUCAACAUGUGCACUCGCCACAUCAAAAGGUAGCUCUUCAAGAAAUGCUUCUCCACCAUCAAGGCAAUCAAGCAAACUACGCGCCGAACCUACUACCGUCCUCGCCAAGGACUUUAACUUCGUCCACGGAUCCGUUGUUACUAUCUCAUUCGGUCCUGACUUCGCAUCUCCAGCCAACAACCCCGAAUCUACAAUCUCAACAACCGAUAGGACAGACUCUGGUGCCACUUCCACACGAGCACAGUCCUGGUAAUAUCAAUACCUUGUAUUCGUCGCUGCAAUCAGCGCCGAAGAAGAGGAAAUUGAGCCAGGAUGGGCUUGUUCACGUCAAGCAGUUUCCCUGUAAUAUUCGUCUUAUUGGCGGUAUUGUCGCACAGGAACCGGAACUGGGCACGGUGGAGCACAGUUGCAGCAGCAGCAGCGCGGUCCUCGAUGGCGACGAGGUUGCGGACAACAGCUAUAUCGACGCCAGCUACCAAUGCAUCCGGUUUCAUCCCUUUCAGCAGACAUCCUGGCAUGUUCUUUGCGACCACAAUCUGAAAGAACUUCCAGUGCCGCAUUACCGUGUCGACGCGGACAAGGGAUUCAAUUUCAGUAACUCCGAUGACGCGUUUGUUUGCCAGAAGAAAAAUCAUUUUCAGAUUACUUGCCACGCUCAGCUCCAGGGCGAAGCUAUAUUUGUCCGGACCGGUGAAGGAUUGAAAAAGAUAAGUAGCUUUCAAUUACACUUUUACGGUGUCAAGGUGGAGUCUCCAACGCAGACAAUCCGGGUUGAACAGAGCCAGAGCGACAGGAGCAAGAAACCGUUUCAUCCUGUGACAGCUGCUUUCAGGGUGGAACUGGGCGGUGAACGAGUGACCAAAGUAACCGUUGGCCGUCUGCACUUCAGCGAAACGACUAGCAAUAAUAUGCGGAAGAAAGGAAAACCGAAUCCGGAUCAAAGAUAUUUUCAUUUGGUCGUUGGCUUGCACGCUCACACCGCUGACCAAGCUAGCUACCAGGUGGUAGCUCACGCGUCGGAAAGGAUAAUAGUCAGGGCAAGUAAUCCAGGUCAAUUCGAAUCAGAAGGCAGCGGUGUUGGUGCUGAAGGAGGUUGGCAGAGAGGUGCAGCGCCAGAUAGCGUUUACCAUGCUGGUCGAGUUGGAAUUAAUACCGACAGACCCGACGAAGCUCUGGUCGUUCAUGGUAACAUGAAGGUGACGGGUCACAUCGUUCAGCCCAGCGAUGCACGAGCGAAGCAGAAUGUGCAGGAGGUGGAUACGCGCGAACAAUUGCGGAACGUGCAGCAAUUGAGAGUAGUUCGGUAUAGAUACGCACCAGAAUUCGCGCAGCAUUCUGGCUUGGGUAUCAAGCAACAAGAAGACACUGGUGUGAUAGCGCAAGAAGUUCAGCAAAUAUUGCCGGAAGCAGUGCUACCAGCGGGCGACAUAGUUCUUCCGAAUGGUCAAAGGAUCGAGAACUUUUUGGUAGUGAAUAAAGAAAGAAUAUUCAUGGAGAAUGUUGGUGCCGUGAAAGAAUUAUGUAAAGUAACAGAUAGCUUAGAGACUCGUAUAGACCAACUGGAACGAAUAAACAAACGGUUGGCGAAGUUGAAGAGAGGCGACAGCCUUAAAAGUUCCAUUAGUACAAUAUCUAGUAUAUCAAGUAAUAAAUACUCAUCCUCUAUCAAUAAUAAGACCAUUGUACAGGGAAAAUCGAAAAAGAACGAGCAGCAGGACGAACUUCUUUGCAGCAAUAAGUUCAUCCAGAUUAUUAUCGUUAUUCUUAUCCUUAUUAUGGCAUUUUGCUUAGUCGCAAUGGCAACUUUAUACUUCUUAGAAUAUCAGAAACGUAGUAGCCUCGAAUGGUCGGCGGUAGCCAGCAAUGGAAUGUUAGCCAUCAGACCAGCUCAUCCAUCUACGGUGUCGAGUACGCCUAAUUACGAUCCACGGUACAAUUCGUUGCUAGACAGCACUUUAUCGUCGUCGUUCACCAAACACGGAUCACACACUAGAGGAUCGGACGGUAGUUUAUCCGUGAAAAGCAACGUUUUCUCCACUCAAGCACCGCACACGAAACAGCAACUUUAUUCUCAAGAAAUCACUUGGUAUCCCAUCAGUAACUCGGGACCCCAACCGAAACAUGAAAAGAGCAGCGAAUUUCCUGGAAAUUGGCUGGGCAGAAGCGGCGCGGGCGCUGUUCCCAGCAACGUGGAUGAAAAUGAUCAGGGAUCGGACGUGGAUUCGUCUUUGACCAAAGGUCCGGUGCCUAUUGGUAGACCAGUGAGUUGUCCUAGACAUUUCACUGAAUUCGAGAAUCCUUGUCAGGUAUACUGUUGCACGGCAAAAAUUCAUCAAUUUGAAGAUCCUCAGCCGGAUCAUCCUCCAGAGAAGAAAUCCAUUUGGUCAUUAACUUUUCCAGCAGAUCAUAUAGAACAGCCAUUAAAUGUACAUGAAGAGAAACGUAAGAUUAGUAAAGGUUUUCAGAAUGGUAUCAGUCCGUCGGAUCCAAGCACGCAGACGCUUGUAAAAGAGAAUAAUUAUAAAUAUUUACAUAAGAGGACGAGGAGGGAAAAUGGUGGAGGAGAUUGGGGCGAGGUAGCCAGUAAUGCUGCUGGAUCAUUGCCACCAGAACCCAAGCCACAAUUGUGGAUAGUGGCAGAAAGCUUUAACACUUCUCUUGAUCAGAAGUAUUGUUCCGCAUCUCCGCAGGAUACCCCGAACAAUGUUACUUGCAUUAUACCCCUGUCCAAGUAUAUGCCAGAUAUACACCUUUCUUUGCACUUUGUUGGAAUGCCUUGGUAUUGGCAAGUUGUGCAACAAUGCUCUCUACCAGCUAAUUCUGGAGUAGAUGAAUCGGUGAUAUGCAAUCGAAAAUAUACGAUGCAGCAACCAGCUCAAUAUAUGGAAACUAACAAUCAACCAGGAGAUCAAUCAUUUUCUCUUGAUGUAGCUCAUUAUCUCAGGAAGACAUUAAGGUUUCGUGUGCCUACUGUACAACCUCAAGAAAAUAUUUGUAAAAACAAACAUGGUGUCGAUUAUUCGGAAUACACAUUGCACUUUUACCGAGACUGCGAUGAGUGAAUAACUUCCUGUUGCAGUAAAUGCAAUUCACAGGAAAUUUUAUGGCAAGAGUUUACAUUUGUAACUGAAAAAUUGUUGAAUUUAUACAGCAGGACCUAUUCGUGCCUUCGUAACAACGUAUUCCGUCUAUUUUGUCGAGCUAUAAAAUUAUAAAGAGUAUGUUUGGUAACAUAGAUUAUCAAAUGAAUCUGUAACUGUAUUUUAUAUGUUAUUGCAAUAUAUCAUGUAGUGUGACAAUGACGAUUAACAGAUACAAUUAGAUUUUACAGACUCAACAAGUAAAUGUAACGUAGCGGUCUACAACGUUUCAUUUCGUUAGACAUGUUCGUUGAGGAUAUAUUGGAUAUUUUAAAAUAUGAAAGUAUACCGUGUAAAUGUAGUUGAUGGACGACAACGAGUUUCUUGUAAUGUUCAAAGAAAAUAUUCUUUACACUCUUCACUGGAAACACAGGAGCAAUACUUACGUCUUACACCUUUAUCCAAUCAGAUUUAUAGAUAAUUAAUAUACUACGACACUGUCAAGUGUAAAAUAUUGUACAAAGUGAAUGGAACUAGUUAAUGUUAAACCUAAAUUUUAAAGAUCAUUAAAUGUAAAUAUUUUUUCAUACUGCAACAAGAAUAACGCCCAUCAACUACGAUAUAGAAUUAGUAUAUUAUUUCUGUAGUUUUUACACUAUUUAUACUUGUGUACAAAUAUUAUCAGGCAGGUCUACUGACACUGUAUUGUCGACAGAAAUUUCUAUAGUAUCGACAUUUCAAUUAAUUCUAUAUUCUACAUGUUCGCAUUAAUUGUAAGCUAUCGAUGCUACGUCUCACUCUAUAUAAUAUUGAUUUUACAAGAACAAAGUUCGUGUCGUAACGAUGUGACAACAAGUGAUACAAUCUCGAUUUAAUUUAAUUUUGUGAUUAACAAUCAGACGAACAAAGUCGAGGGGACGUACAAAAUACUAUUGUCAUUAUUUCGUUUUAAUUACUAUUAUUUAAAGAAAUUAAUUUCUGUCAAUGAUUUUGUUUGAAAUUCGUAUCUUUCGUAUGAAAAGAACUGAAGCGAAUUUAACGCUUAUUCAUUUAAUUUAAUCCGCUUAACGAUACAUGAUUAUUUAAAAAGAACGAUAUUAUAGAAUUUCAAGUUCCUAAAAGGUAUUGUAUAAUAAUUGUGUAAUUUCGUAUGCUAGAGUUAAGCGAAUAUGUUUUAUUUGCACCAACUAUAUAUAUACACACAUAUAUAUAUAUAUAUAUACUAUAUAUAUACAUAUGUAUAUAUAUAUAUAUAUACUAUAUAUAUACAUAUGUAUAUAUAUAUAUAUGUAUAUAUAUAUAUACAUAGUUAUUAAUUGCAUGUAAGUAGAUUACCACUAUUAUCAUUAUUGUUGCUAUCGCUGCUAUUGUUACUAAAAUAUUGAAAUAAGACUAUUGCUGCUGUUAUUACCUAAUGUCACUAUGGAUAAUCAACAUAUACAUUAAAUUCCAUUUACAAUUUUAAUUUCGUAGUUAUAAAAAAGCUUUUGUGUUGAAUAAUUCACUUUUAGGAAUAAUGGAAAAGUCUCAAAAAUAUUUAAUAAUCCAUCAUCAGUAGGUUGGGGAUUUUAUGCAUUUAUAAACGUAAAUGUAUCAAAUCUAAGUGCACAAAGAUUUUAAUUGAACUUAUAUUUUAUUUUCAAUCGAAUAAAAUCCUUCUUAAAGCAUAUGAAUAUUUAUAAGCAAGUUUACUGUUAUUUUUGUGUUGGACAAUAUGCUAAUAGAAACAACGUAAUUGAAAGGUAUUGUAAAAAUUCAUUAAUUAAUUAAUUGCUUUGAAUUAUAUUAUGCUUCCAAGAAUCGUUGAGAACACUCAAAAUUGUUCACGAAUUUUUCGUUUAUGCCUGAGUAUAAAUGGUAUACACAAGAUUUCUGCCGUCCAUGCGUUUUUCCUUAUUGAAACAAUAUUUACUCUAACGUAUAAACAAAUAUUAAACUAUUCACCGAUAUAUUAUAUUACAAUCGGCGUGUAUCAUUUUCAUAUGCGUGAAUCGUAUAUAAAAAAAAAUUUAUUAAUGAGCUAUUGUACAAUAACACGUAACUCAAGUGCAAGUGUAACGUAAAUAUUAUAAGUCUUCGUUAUCACGUAGAAUAACUAGAUUAUUAUUCCGAAUCGAAUUUCCAUAUGACCAUUUGGAAAUGUAGCGAGCGUACAUUCAUUAAUUGUAUUGUUUAAUAUAUAAACAAACUUCUCAACAAGGAGGAAGUUACAAAGAUGACGAUCUUCUCAGAUUUCUUCGUAUCAAUAUUAUUGUAAUACGCUGCAAUCUUUACGAUUAAUGUAUAUAAAAAGUUUAAUACGAACAUAAUAUUGAUUAGGACACCCUGUAUAUGAUGCUACAGUAAUAUUAAUCUUGUAUUUAUCGUUAUAUUUGAUUGCAGAAUCCAAUAAAAAUGAUUCUGUGUAUACGUUCUUGCGAGUUGGUACCAGCGUGAUGUAUUUAAUUCACAUAGUAUAAUAUUCUGUUAAAGAAUUUGACGUAUUAUCGACACUUGUACAUUUUUUCAUUAUCAUUUGCGCCACCGAUGAAUAUGACGCUUCACUCUCACACGAUGUAUCGCGUUGUCGUCGAGUUUAUUAUUAUAUAUUUGUUAUUGUUUUAUAUUUUAAUGUAUUAUAUUAAUUUCGACUCGUACUCUAUAUUAGAAGGUCAUCGUAUCAUCUACAUGCUUUGAACCAUUCAUCGGUCACGAUUAAUUCAUUGAUGAAUAUUAAUUCAUGAUUACGAGAAAAUGUGAGAGAGCAAGAGAGAAUGUGUGUUUGUGACGAUCGAAGAACUACCCUACGCACAAUUAACUAAAGUGUCAUAAUGUUCGAACGAAAAUGGAAAUUUCUAUUGUCGAGCUUGAACUUUCUGUUCGGAUGAACGGAAAUAUUCGCCUUUAAUCUUGCAGACACUUUUUAGGUGGAUGGAUUUACGCGUUAGAUAGAAAAGAAAUUUCUGUUUCAGUGUAAACGACAUAAUCGAUAUCAUUUAGGUAACCUUAGUAAGAUUUGUACAUACAUUGUAGCGUAGCGAAAUGAUUACAGUAAAAUAUUUAGACAUAAGGGAAUUGAAGUCAUAUAUUUAUCGCAUUAUUGCACCGACAGUAACGAGAAAAAAUGAAUGAAUUGCUCGUUGAAAUGGAAUUUUCUAACGGUACUCUAUGUAUUAUAUUUUCUUAUCAUUGCUAAGCAAACGGAUCAGAUGGAGAGAACACAUAUCUUAUUUACUUCAGUUGCAAUAUAGUUGUUAUCAAAGCGAUAUUAUAAAUUUAUUUUUGUUGAAGGACCUUCUUGAUCCUCGUUUUAAUUUAAACGAUGGGAAUUCGACGAAUACGGCAAUAAACCAUGUGUACGUGUGAACGAUUGAUUCGCUAGUCUCAUUAGAAAGUUCGUUCAGAUGACAUGGUUUCUUUUUUUCUACUGCUAAUGUACGCGUAUUUCUUAAUAUGGAGAACUUUGAUCGCUCUAAUCUCGAGCAUUGAAUAGUACUAUGUUAUGUAUAUUUGAACAAAUCAGCAUGUAAAUGUUAUAUUCGCAUAUUUAUGAAGGUACUGUUAAGACAAAUGCAUAUAAAUAUAUACAACAACAAACUUGUAUUUGUAGGAAAAUAAAGAUAUUGC